AUGACGUCAGCGCCCGGCGAACGCGAAUCGGGCGGAAAUAGAGUUCCGCCCGACGAUUCUUACGUAAGUGAUUACAGAUGAUUUAAUUGAUCAAAUUAUGAUCUGUAAAAGCCGGAAGAAUCGUAAGUGAACGAAGUAUAUUUUGGUAAAUUAAAAUCACACAAAUUAUCACUAAAUGAAGCGUAAAGUAAGUUGAAAGCAGGAAAACAAAAUUCUGGCGUCGCGAUGGCGAUGCGUCGACGAUGCAUCGGAAUCCUGAUCGUUCGGGAGGAUCGUCGUGUAGUGUCCACGGCCUCGAAGGCUCUCCUUGGACAAAGACGACGUGGGCAAUCUCUAGAUCUCCUUGCGAAGUCUAGAGAUCAAUAAAAUGGGUCGUUGACUCGUCUCCGACGACUGUCACCCGGCAGAGUAGAAAAACGGUAACUUUGCGGCUCUCUGGCGGCUGUCACCUGACAGAGAGGGAGCUGGAUGGAGGUGGGGCGCGUGUCAGGGAGCUUCAUCCUUAGGUCCGCGCAGCAAGAAGAGGCUCUUCAUCGCAUCUGGUACGUUCUCAGGAGGUGGUGACUCGUCUCCCGACGGAUCGUCCUCUUCCCGAUGACGGCUUGUUCGUCGAUCAAUCGGAGAUGAUUUACUCGAUGGAUUCACGAUCCUUUUAUCGCGAAUCCUUCAGCAAUUUGAGUAAUAAUGCUCCGUGAAUCAUGUUGACGAGAUUUUCGCCGAUGAUCCAACGAUUCUGGUUGCUUAAUCCUUCACUGGCGAUCUACAGGAAAGUCGCGAUAAUCAGAUAAAAAUAUGAGUUUUGGCUCUGGGAGGAUUCGAACCCGUGCCGGUUGCCCCCGCCUCUUCUGAGGAAGGUGACGGGUUUAGUCCCACAUUGGUUGUGCGCCGAAUUUUCGGGCGAAUAUAUAGUAAUGUUAUAUUUCUAAGUAAAGUCCCUUUCUCACGCAUGUACGACCACUCCUUGGCCCACAGCCGACUGGCCACCGGUGACGUGGAAGGGGAGUGGCGCACACGUGCCCCCAUCGGUUCAAGCCGCUCGAGCCCCUGCUCGCGGCUACUCCCCGACUGCGCUUCCGACCCGCUUGCGGGCCCGGCUAGCCGGCGGGUCCCCCCAUUUUGUAAUAUUUUUAUUUUUAUUUCUUGUUCUUCAUUUAUCUCAAAAGUAAGACUGUAAAACUCAUAUAAAAUCACAUAAUUACCCAAAAAUUCACGUUAAUCAAUUGAAAACCACUUUUCACACUUUAACACAAAUAUAAGUUUAUUUAUCAUGAGUUAAGGCUAAAACUAUAUUAUUUACUAAUUAUUAACUCAUGAUAAUGAAGACUUAUCAGAGCCCAUUAGCACCCACUGUUAAAUACGAAAUAAAUACAGAAAAUUUCUAAAUGUGCCCUAAUUUUCAUAGAUUACAUUUAGUGGAACCUCUUCAACAUUGAAUUUUUUUUCAUAUGAUCUGUAUUUACUUAAUCUCCCUCAAGUUACACCAAAAAGUAUUAAGAUGAAAUUAUUUCGUUAUACACUUUGGGACAAGGCUAGUUAUUGGCUAUCCGCAUUAGAUAAAGAAUUAACUAGUUAGAAAGACAUAGAAUAG